GAAAGAGGAAGACAAAAGAGUAGGAGGAACAUGACAAAUAGAACGGAAGAGGAAGAGGAAGAGGAAGAUGAAAAAGGGCGGGGAAUGGGCGGAAGAGGAAGAGGAAGAGGAUGAAGGAGGGGAACAGAUGGAAGAGGAAGAGGAAGAGGAAGAGGAUGGGGAACGGAAGAAUUGUUUUGCAUUGGAUCCUCGCAUAGUUCAAAGUGUCGAACGGACGACUAUAAUUUACAAACGGCUCAAUUUCAGCCCGAACUGGAGUCCUGGAGGCACGUUCUUCAUCUUUCUCGACAUGAAUUUGCCGGAAAUUGCUGAUUUUGCUCGGAAUUUCGCCGUCAUGGUCAGAGUCCAAGGACCUGAUCCAAAAGGUCUAAAGAUGCGAAAACAUGCUUUUCACCAUUAUCACUCUGGAAAAACUACUCUUUCAGCUUCGGGAAUGUUGGUGCCUGAUUCCCUCUGUAAUAUGAAAAUUUACUACAAUAAUGAUCAGAGCCCGACGCCAAGUUCUGCUUUUGUUGUUACUGUUGCAUCUGUUAUAGAGCCUUUUUUGACACUGCAACAUAGGGAGAACAUUUCUCAGGUCCUGCCUGAGUUGAUCCCGGGUGCUCAGAUUGAUAUAAUGGUAGAGGACAAGAUAAGGAUGGAGUAUGCCUCCAAGGAGAUGGAUGAGAGAACUCCUCAUUGGAUUCCUGCACAACUUUUAGCAAUGGUUGAUGUUUCUGUAUCUUCAAUUGCACUUCAAUCAUUAAUUGAUGCCUCCUCUGGUUCAUCGGAACAUGGUUGGGAGGUUGGCUGGUCCUUAGCCUCAUAUAGUAAUGAGGCUCAGCCUUAUUUGGAUUCAAUUAAAACUGAGGUUGGGCAUGACAUUGAACUUUCCAGGGAGAGCUGGAGACCUUUGGAUGCAGGAGAAUCAGGCCAUCCAAGUAUUUUGGGCAGUUCUACUACUAGAGUAGCCCUUCUUAGACUUUCCUCAAUUUGUAAGGAGCUGCCAAAUAUGGUGAUAUCAUCCUCAAAUAAGAGGGGAGAUCUUCUUCUAGCAAUGGGUUCUCCUUUUGGUGUCCUGUCACCUGGGCACUUCUUUAACAGUAUUUCUGUGGGAUCCAUUUCCAACUACCAUCCUUCUAGUUCUUCCAGCAGAUCAUUGUUGAUGGCUGAUAUUCGGUGUCUCCCUGGAAUGGAAGGUGGUCCAGUUUUGGGUGACCAUGCACAUGUUAUUGGUAUCCUUACCAGACCAUUAAGACAAAAAUCUAGUGGUGCAGAAGUUCAGCUUGUGAUUCCAUGGGAAGCCAUUGCCAUUGCUAGCACUGACUUGCUCAAGAAGGAGUGUCAAAAUGCAGGAAAAAGAAUCAAUACUGGAAGUGGAAAUGUAAAUGCUGUAGGAAUGACAUGUUUAUCUAACAGCUGUGGCUCAGAUGGAACUUCCAAUAAUAACCUCAGUCAUCCUGUUUCUGGCUGCCUUUCACUGUCGCUGAUUGAGAAGGCUAUGACUUCUAUUUGUCUUGUUACUGUAGAUGGUGGGAUAUGGGCAUCUGGCGUUCUGCUGAAUAACAAAGGCCUGAUUCUUACAAAUGCCCACUUGUUGGAGCCAUGGAGAUUCGGGAGGAGUACUGUAAAUUACGGAAAAAAUGGAAAUGAUUCGCAGAUGUUGUUCCUCCAACCCAAGGAAUCUGUCUCACCAAUGGAGGAGGGAGUUGGUAACCAGCAGAUGAGUUGGGGUUUGCUGCCAGAGUCUCAGAAGAUUGUAUCUUCUGUGGAUGAUAAAAGUGGGAAAUAUAAUUUUCGUUCCACUUACAGUGGCCUUCGAAGAAUACGUGUUCGCUUGGAUCAUGUUGACCCUUGGAUCUGGUGUGAUGCUAGUGUUGUGUAUAUUUCUAAAGGACCUUUAGACAUAGCCUUACUGCAGCUUGAUUUUGUUCCCGAUCAGCUUUGCCCUAUCAUAAUGGACUUUGCAUACCCAUCCCCGGGAUUAAAGGCAUAUGUUAUUGGACAUGGACUAUUUGGCCCACAGAGUGACAUCUUCCCAUCUAUUUGCCCUGGUGUGGUGGCAAAAGUAGUUAAAGCCAAGAUGCCUCUUUCUUACAAAUCUGAUUGUCAGAAGCAUACAUUUGGAGACAUACCAGUAAUGGUUGAAACAACAGCCGCCGUGCAUCCAGGUGGCAGUGGUGGUGCUGUUGUCAAUUCAGAUAGUCAUAUGAUUGGACUUGUUACAAGCAAUGCUAGGCAUGGUGGAGGUAUGGUCAUACCACAUCUUAACUUCAGCAUUCCAUGUGCAGCUCUGGAGCCUAUUUUCAAGUUCUCAAAAGACAUGCAAGAUUUGUCACUUUUACAUGAUCUCGACAAACCAAAUGAACACCUUUCUUCUGUUUGGGCAUUGAUGCCUUCGUUAUCCCAAAAGCCAGACCCUUCUUUGCCUAACAUACCUCAUUCACUAUUGGAAGAUGGCAAUAAACAGGGAAAGGGUUCUCGUUUUGCUAAAUUUGUGGCUGAGAAGAAUGAGAUUUUCAAGAAGGCAACUCAAGUUGGCAAGGUGGAAAGGUUUUCCUCUGAUGGUAUUUCUAGUAAGUUAUGACAUCCAUCAAUUCCUUGGGAAUGAAACAAGGGACGAGCAUUGUCAUAUGGUUGGGAUGAAGUUCCAGCAACACCAGAAUAAUUGAGAUCCAGGGCUGAGGCCUCAUCUUGUAUUAGAUUUCACCUGGCACCUAAUAAAGACUCGCUGCAAAAUGUUGAAAACAGCACAGUUGAUGGCGGAUUCAAUUCUCUUGGAAAUUGCAAUGUCUUCAAGGCGCCAAAAAAAAAAAAUGAUGUACAAGUGAAAUUGUUGGGAAAUCAAACUUUAUUUUUCUCUAUUAACCUUAAUGAGGCAUUGUUUAUGAAUGAGGAAGAUUGUGAUGCCCAAAGACAGUACUGGAAAAAAUGAGAAAGAGUGGUCUAGUGGUUUGGGUUUAGCCUAUUAUGAAUUACAGAGUCGUCGUUCAUGGUUUUAUAAACCAGACGGUGACCAACCUAGUGAAGCGGUUGAUAUGAUCUCGGACUAGUGAGUUGAAUCCAUAGUUAAAUCUGGUAAUGUUAGCAUUAUAUAACGUCUACGUGCACGUGAUAAUUCUUUGUAAUAAUAUUUUUAUAAAAAUAAUAUUUACACCAUUACAGGUAAACAUUAUAAAGGUGUUAAUUAAAA